ACGCAGGCGCGGGGCCGCCCGGCUCCCGCCCGCUCCCGCCGUCUCGGCUCAGCUCACAGUCCUCGCGGCGCCCGGCGUUCCCGCUGCUCUUUGCCUGGUUUUCGAGAAUUAAGCGUUAAGUACCACGUGGUAUCGAACCCAGUGCCUCAUCCGUGCUAGAUUUAGCCACCUGGAACUAUGAGUGAAUGGAUGAAGAAAAGCCCCUUAGAAUGGCAAGACUACGUUUACAAAGAAGUCAGAGUGAUAGCCAGUGAGAAGAAGGAGUAUAAAGGAUGGCUUUUAACUACAGAUCCAGUCUCUGCCAAUAUUGUCCUUGUGAACUUCCUUGAAGAUGGCAGCUUGUCUGUGACUGGAAUUAUGGGACAUUCUGUGCAAACUGUUGAAAUUGUGAAUGAAGGGGACCAUGGAGUAAGAGAGAAACUGAUGCAUUUGUUCAUGUCUGGAGACUGUAAAGCUUACAGCCCUGAAGAUCUGGAAGAGAGAAAGAAUAGCCUAAAGAAGUGGCUUGAGAAGAAUCACAUCCCCAUCACUGAACAGGGAGAUUCACGAAGGACUCUCUGUGUGGCUGGGGUCUUGACUAUAGAUCCACCAUAUGGUCCAGAAAAUUGUAGCAGCUCUAAUGAGAUUAUUCUGUCCCGGGUUCAGGAUCUUAUUCAAGGACAUCUUGUAGCUUCCCAGUGAGAGGUCAAGAACUGUGGAUACACUAAUUGAAACCGACUUCAUUUUUUUGUUCUGUCAUGGUAUGUUUUGAAUUUAAGUCCAUCAUAUUGUGGGACUUCAAAAGUAUAUGAGUGUUGUGUUCAUUUAUGUGUAUAAUUUUUUGUUAUUUUGGCAAAAAUCAAAAGAGUGAAUUGUGAAUGCUAAUUUUGUUGGGAAAUAAAUGAACUAAUUGGUAUAAGGAUAGCAUUACAUGCAAUGAAGUUAGUAGAAAGAAGUCAGAAUUGUAAGGGCAAUUUUUAAUUUUUUUUUGGAUGGGGAUAUACUCCCCCCUCCAUUUUUUCCAGAACUGGUGAUCAAACUGGGCUAUAUACCCCCAGCUCAGUGUAUUGCAGCCCCCCAACCCACCUUUUUAAGGCAAAAUAUGUAUUUGGAAAAAUAUAAUAUGGCAGAUUCAGUAUAAAAGGUGAACUCACAAUUGCAAGUCCUUUUUACUAACUAAAUCAAUGUUUUGUUUGUUUUUGUACUGGGAAUUGAACCCAGGGACACUCUAUCACUCAGCUACAACUCUAGCCCUUUUUGUUUUGGGGUUUGGGUUAGGGUCUCCCUGAGUUGCCAAGGUUGACCUUGAACUUGCCAUUCUCUUGCCUCAGCCUCUUAAGUGGCUAGUAUUACUGGUGUGCUCAACCACGUCCAACUAAAUCAGUGUGUUUUUAAAGUGUUUGUCUCUUAUUGUGGUGUAAUGAUAGUUUUUUGAAUCUGGUUUGUUUCUCCUUAAAGGUUCAUGUGUUGGGAACUUGUCAGGGUGGUGGUAUUGGGAGGUGAUGGAGCCUUACGAGAUAGGCCUUAUGGAAGGUCCUUAGAUCAUUCCGGUCAUGCCCUCCGAAGAGAUUGUGGAACUCGUGUGUCUAACUCCUGUUUGGUGAUGUAAGCUCUUCCACUGCCAUGAUGCAGCUGAGAAAAGGAAAGAGUAGGCAAGAGAGAGUACACCACCUCUCACCAAAACUGAGCUAGUAUCAUGCCCUUGAACCUCCAAAAUGGAGCUAAACUUUACUUUUCUUCAUAAGUAGCUUGUUAUAGAUAUCUCAUUAUAAUGGUAAAAAGCUGACUGAUACAGAGGACAUCUUUUUUUUGCUGAAACUAGUUUUGGCUAUUUAGUAAAAUCUUAACAUGAAAGUUUAACACUUUCAAAGCCUUUAAAGAAAGUAUUGGCUGAUAUCUCUGAGGAGAAAGUUGACUGAUAAAGUAGUCUGCUGCUGCAUUCAGUCCAGUUCCUUUACUAUGAAUUCAGUUCGGUCUUCAGACUUAUGAUGCUUUCUGUCUGCAGUCCCUAUUCUCUCGGUCAGGCUUUGCUAAGGGAAGGGAAUGCAGGAGAUUCCUUUACAUACAUUUGACCCUACCUAUUUCUUGGAAGCCAGUCAGGGACCAUGACUCCAUAUGAAGGUGGUAGACUAGAAAGGGGCAAAUUCAGAGUGGCCCUAAGUUUCCCACAUCAGAUUAGAACUGCAAGCCUCUGACUUUCUAAGAUGGUUUGGCAAAUUGGGCCCUAGCCAAAUUAGCCUGCUGCCUCCACUUGUUAAAUAGAAUUUUAUUGGAACACAGCAGUACUUAAUGGUUUAUGUAUGUACAAUCUAUGGCUACUUUUAUGCCAUAAUGGUAGAGUUGAAUAGUUGUGCAGAAACUGCCUUAUAUUUACAGAAAAAUGUUUCUUUACAGAAAAUAUUUGCCCUAGUCCCCUGUUUUUGAUCCCUCUUAGGGGCUGUCAGCUCUGAAGAGUACUUAACCACUGGGCCACUUCACCAGCCCUUUAUUUUUUAUUUUGAGACAGGGCCUCCCUAAGUUGCUUAGGGCCUUGCUAAAUUGCUGAAGCUGGUCUCAAACUUGGUAUCCUCCAGCCUCAGCCUCCUGAGCUACUGGAAUUACAGGUAAUGCACCACCACACCAGACCUUUUUAAUUUGAGACAGUCUCACCAAAUUGCCUAGGCUGGCUUCCUGUUUCCAAUUCUUCUGCCUCAGUCUCCUGAAUAGCUGGGAUUAUAGUCGUAUGUCAUUAUGCCUGGCUACAACAGUUUUUUUGUAUAAUAUUACAACGUGUUUUUCUUUCAUUAAAAAUCUUAUUCCAGCCAGGUGUGGUGGUGCACACUUGUACUUCAAAUUACUCGGGAGGCUGAGGAGGAGGAUUGCCAGCCUCAGCAAUUUAGUGAUACCCUAUCUCAAAAGAAAAAAAGAUGUAGUAGUAGAGUGCUCUGGAUCCAGUUCCCAGUAGCACAACAAAAUUUACUUGAGUACCCAUGUUUUUCACUUUUAUAUAUUACUUAAUAUUUUUAAAAGUUUACAUAAUUAUAAUCAAUGUAUAGUUUUCUUCUUUGUUUCUAAAGUCUUCAUAAUUUUAAUGUUUAAGGUAGUAUUCUAUUGUGUCAAUGAAUCAUAACUUAUUAAAAUAUUUCUCUGUUAAACACAAAGAUGAUUUAACAUAAGUCCAUAGAAAUGAAAAUAGUGUAGAUUCUUCCUGUAUUGCCACCGCUCCACAGUACAAGGGAUUGAACUCAGGGCCUUGUGCAUGCUAUGCAAGUUGUCUCCUACUGUGUUGUAUCCCAAUCCUAAGAGUCUUACAAAGCAGAAUUAAGAGACUUAGUUGAAGCCCUUAGCUUUUUGUAAUUUCAAUAAACAGACAUUCAGAUCCUUCAGAGGCCCUUCCAGAGGCUAAAGUUUAUUCAAAUAAACUUUAUUUCUUUUAUGUUCUUUUUUAUCUUUGUAUUCCUGAAUUCCUAGUGUGGUGACUGGCAGGCAUAUCGUACCUGCUUAAAGAAUGUUAGUUUAAUUGAAAUUAUAAGCAUAAAUGUGGAGGCAUUUCUGUAAUCCACUAUGUAUUUCAAAUUAGCCAUGUAGCACACAUCAAUUGUAAACUGGAUAGUUGGCCUUUUUCUUAGCUAAUCAGGUUGCACGCUUCAAUUAAUCCAGUCUUGGCCAUGCUAAAUUAUGUAGAGAUUUAUGAGACAGAAGUAGUGGGGACAGCUGGCAUUUGGGAAAGUUGCACGGGUGAAUUUCAGAGCAGAAGGGCAACAUGAAAGGAGACAUUUCUAAUUGUUUUAUAAAGGGUCUAUAGGUCUAUAAUCAGUUCUUUAUCAUGUGUGAUAGAUCCUUGGUGCCCAUCACUUAGCUUGGCCCCUGAUUUGUGAAGAUAUCUGUCUUCUAGAGAGCAUAACACUUCUUUGCUAUUCUUUUUUUUUUUUUGGUACAGGGAAUUGAACUCAGGGGCACUUGUCCACUGAACCACAUCCUCAGCCCUAUCUUGUAGUUUAUUUAGAGACAGGGUCUGAGUUGCUUAGUGCUUUGCUUUUGCCACGUCUGGCUUUGAACUUGGCGAUCCUCCUGCCUCAGCCUCCUGAGCUGCUGGGACUAUGGGCUUGCAUCCCUGCACCUGACUUCACAUCUUUGCCAUUCUAUUUUACAAAUAGACAAGUCCUAAAACAAACUGAGUUUUCUAGGUCAAAUUAUAGGAGAAGUGAGAACUGAGCCUAGAAAUUAAGAUUCUCAAUUAGGCUUUACAUUAGAUUUAAAUACUGUACAAUCAUACCCCUAAAUGUUACAUGUUAUUUAUGUCCUUUUUGGAUUUUCUAAAAACUAUUUUAGCAGAUUGCCCAGAGUUACUAGCCCGGGCUUUGUUCAUUUAGCACAAAGAUAAGGGUGUGUGUGUGUGUGUGUGUGUGUGUGUUUUAAACAAAAUGGACCUAAGUGUGAGAACUUGAGAACUUUUGUGAGAAGUUUUGCGGGGUCAAGUAUUAGCAGUAUUAGCAAUCACAUACAAAUCCUAUCUUUGUAUUUUUAAUAUAAAUGAUAAAAACAUUUAACAGCAGAAUAUGUUUUUGAAGUAUAUCUAUUUCUAUCUAUCUGGCAUGACUUCCCAUUUUACAUAUAAUUUCCUCAAAGUCUUAAGUACUCUGUAUUCUUUAUUCUUGAUAAUAAUAUAAUAUACUCAUAAGCUCUGUA